GGAAGUAACAAAGUAACAAGGAAGGAAGCACGGUGGUCCUGGACCGAGCGCCCUGUCUGCUGCGUUUCAUUCCAUCCCCAGAGAAGCCUGGGAGGCAGGCACUCUGAGCUCUUUGACGGAGUGAGAGGCUGAUGUUCCAGAGGGAAACUUCGUGGCUUGCAUGACCGCGAUUUUGCGGCAGAUGGAAGAUUAUCAUUAUGCCCAUUUGAUCACGACUUUCGGGAAGAUGAGGACAGACGUGGUGGACUUCCUGAUGGAAACCUUCAUCAUGUUCAAGAACCUCAUUGGGAAGAACGUGUACCCGUUCGACUGGGUGAUCAUGAACAUGAUGCAGAACAAAGUCUUCCUGCGAGCGAUUAAUCAGUAUGCAGAUAUGCUGAACAAAAAAUUCCUGGAUCAAGCCAACUUCGAGCUGCAGCUCUGGAACAACUACUUCCACCUGGCGGUCGCGUUCCUCACCCAGGAGUCCCUGCAGCUGGAGAACUUCUCAAGCGCCAAGAGAGCCAAGAUCCUGAACAAGUAUGGAGACAUGAGGAGACAGAUCGGCUUCGAGAUCAGGGACAUGUGGUACAACCUCGGUCAGCACAAGAUAAAGUUCAUUCCGGAAAUGGUCGGCCCCAUGUUGGAGAUGACGCUGAUCCCCGAGACGGAGCUGCGCAAGGCCACCAUCCCAAUCUUCUUCGACAUGAUGCAGUGUACCAGAGCGUUUGCUCGGAUUCGCUGUGUCCUCUCAGACCCGCUCCGCUUUGCCAACCUCAUGAGCAUUUUGAAGACGCGGAGGAAGCAGAGCGCGCUGGGCAGCGUCAGUGCCGCCGUCGCUCAGGUUCACCUGCCGCAGACGCCUAGCAUGUUCCCAGAUCAGCUGCCCCGGCUCUGGGCAACCUCAAGGCGCCGCAUCCGCUGGUUCGAAAACGAGAUCAUCACCAAGCUGGACCACGAGGUGGAAGGCGGCCGCGGGGACGAGCAGUACAAAGUGCUCUUCGAUAAGAUCCUCCUGGAGCACUGCCGGAAGCACAAGUACCUGGCCAAGACGGGCGAGACGUUCGUGCGGCUGGUGGUGCGCCUGAUGGAGCGGCUGCUGGACUACAGGACCAUCAUGCAUGACGAGAGCAAGGAGAACCGCAUGAGCUGCACCGUCAACGUGCUGAAUUUCUACAAAGAAAUUGAAAGAGAAGAAAUGUAUAUCAGGUACCUGUACAAACUGUGCGACCUGCACAAGGAGUGUGACAACUACACGGAGGCGGCGUACACCCUGCUGCUCCACGCGAAGCUGCUGAAGUGGUCGGAGGACGUGUGCGUGGCCCACCUCACCCAGCGGGACGGGUACCAGGCGACGACGCAGGGGCAGCUGAAGGAGCAGCUGUACCAGGAGAUCAUCCACUACUUCGACAAGGGCAAGAUGUGGGAGGAGGCCAUCGCUCUGGGCAAGGAGCUGGCCGAACAGUACGAAAACGAAAUGUUCGAUUAUGAGCAGCUCAGCAAACUGCUGAAAAAACAAGCUCAGUUCUACGAAAACAUCGUCAAGGUGAUCAGACCCAAGCCGGACUACUUCGCUGUCGGCUACUACGGACAGGGAUUCCCCACGUUCCUGAGGGGCAAAGUUUUCAUCUACCGGGGGAAGGAGUACGAACGCCGGGAAGACUUUGAGGCUCGGCUCUUAACUCAGUUCCCAAACGCCGAGAAAAUGAAGACAACGUCCCCGCCCAGCGAGGAGAUCAAAAGCUCCCCCGGCCAGUAUAUCCAGUGCUUCACGGUGAAGCCCAAGCUGGACCUGCCCCCCAAAUUCCACAGGCCGGUCUCCGAGCAGAUCGUGAACUUUUACAGGGUGAACGAGGUCCAGCGAUUUGAAUAUUCUCGGCCGAUCCGCAAGGGAGAGAAAGACCCAGACAAUGAAUUUUCGAACAUGUGGAUCGAGAGGACCGUCUACACGACCGCGUACAAGCUGCCUGGAAUUCUCAGGUGGUUUGAGGUCAAGUCCGUUUUCAUGGUGGAGAUCAGCCCCCUGGAGAACGCCAUCGAGACCAUGCAGUUGACCAACGACAAGCUGGACAGCAUGGUGCAGCAGCACCUGGAGGACCCCAGCCUGCCCAUCAACCCCCUCUCCAUGUUCCUUACCGGCAUCGUGGACCCGGCCGUCAUGGGCGGCUUCGCCAACUACGAAAAGGCCUUCUUCACGGAGCGGUACCUGCAGGAGCACCCGGAGGCGCACGAGAAGAUCGAGAAGCUCAAGGACCUGAUCGCGUGGCAGAUCCCGUUCCUGGCUGAAGGGAUCCGGAUUCACGGGGAGAAGAUCACCGAGGCGCUGCGGCCCUUCCACGAGCGCAUGGAGGCCUGCUUCCGGCAGCUGCGGGAGAAGGUGGAGAAGCAGUACGGCGUCCGGGCCAUGCCCUCCAGCCUGGAUGACCGGCGCGGCAGCCGCCCGCGCUCCAUGGUGCGGUCCUUCACCAUGCCCUCCUCGUCCCGGCCCCUGUCCGUGGCCUCGGUCUCCUCCCUGUCAUCGGACAGCACGCCCUCCAGGCCCGGCUCGGAUGGGUUCGCCCUGGAGCCCCUGCUGCCCAAGAAGAUGCACUCCCGGUCGCAGGACAAGCUGGACAAGGACGACCCCGACAAGGACAAGAAGGACAAGAAGAAGGAGAAGCGGAACAGCAAACACCAGGAGAUAUUCGACAAGGAGCUGAGGCCCGUGGACGCGGCCCCGCAGGGCUCCGAGGCCGUGAUCCUGUCGGAGACGAUAAGCCCGCUGCGGCCCCAGAGGCCGAAGAGCCAGGUGAUCAACGCCAUCGGGAGCGAGCGGCGCUUCUCCGUGUCCCCGACGUCACCCACCGCCCAGCAGACGCCCCCGCCGGUCAUGCCCCGGACCAAGCUCAGCUUCAGCCUGCAGUCCAGUUUGGAGCUGAACGGCAUGACCGGGAUGGAUGUGGCCGAGGUCCCGCCCCCUCUGCCCCUGAAGGGCAGCAUGGCGGAUUACGGGAACCUGAUGGACAGCCAGGACCUUCUGGGCUCGCCCCCACCCCCGCCGCCCCCUCCUCACCACAGGCAUCUGCCGCCCCCGCUGCCCAGCAAGACCCCGCCCCCGCCGCCCCCGAAGACCACGCGCAAGCAGACAUCCGUGGACUCCGGGAUCGUGCAGUGAGCGAGCCGUCCCCCUCGUCCCCUCUGUCUGGCGUUUACCUCAUCGGACCCAUGAUGUCUGACACUCGGGGCGGUUGCUCCUCCUUAAAAGGAGUUUGUUCUCAGCCGUGGGAUGCACAGCCUUUUGGAGUGGAGAGCGAGGUGGACGCGGGCCGGGGCGCCCUGGGCGUGUGUCCACACUGGGGGCUGCCGAUGGGCCUCCCUGAGAGCCCAAGUCUUGCCCCAAAGCCCUUCCUUCCGGUGCCAAAUGACACCUGAGCAGGAGCAGGUGGAGCUACCUGAGCGCGGCCGGGUUAGCCCAUCGGCCUGAGAACCGCGAGCGCUGGGCGUCGGGCGUCACGCCUUCUCCUCGGCCGGACCCAGCUUCCCCGAGGGAUGGGGUCCAGCCCUCCUCCCUCCACGCUGCGGCUCGCGGGGACCUUGGCUGGUUGGACGUAUCCUCUUCCACCAACAUCAUCGUAACAUCAACCCCUUCCGGAGUUCCUGGUCUCCUUUGGGAUAAUUUAAAAUAGGAUAUUUCUCAGCUACUGAACAGCUACUAAUUUAUGGAGUGGAAACACGCUUACAAAUCCUGGAUCAAGUGGAAAAAUAACUCUGAGUAUAGGAAGAUCCGUUUUCUUUCUCUUUUUAAAUAAAGAAUGGGUGAGCCCCGGGAGGUGGCCGAACGGGGUGAAUUCUCGUCCUCUGUACAGACUGUGUAUAUACGAUGGCUCUCGGGGCUCGUCUUCUGUCUCGUCUCUGUGGGCCUCGCGUUUAUUGGAACAGGUGUCCGCAGGCGUUCUCCAGGUGGGCUCUUCAUUUUUAGUUCCUGGAAAUGUAAAAAAAAUAAAUAAACUGUCCACGUGAAGUUCUGUUGUUGUUUUUUCAAAGCUCCAAUGUCCUGAAAAUGUCGCUGAAUGAUGAUUUUGAAAAAAACAAACAAAAAACUAACUUUGUGUAACCUAAUAUUUUUAUUCUGUCAUCUAUAUUUUUUUAUUCACUGUAAUCAUGAUACCCUUCUAGUAGGCUCCAGAGUUAAUCACUGACAAUGAAAAAUAAAAUGUUAUUUUAAAAGAC